AUGGUGCACACGACAGUUCUUCCCGUGUCCACCGUGUUCCUAACAGUCCUCAUCACAAUAGCAGCAGCUCUAGCGUCGAGCCCCGAUGUCGGCUCAUCCAUGAAUAUUAUAGAAGGAUUGGCUACUAACUCGACAGCUAUCGUGAGCCUCUUUCUCUGCUCGGUCGAGAGCCCAUUAACCCCCGGCAAACCGACUAGAGCUCCCCCCAACGGAGUGAGCUCCACAAUCUGUGCAUCGAUAUCACGCGACAACCUCAGCCAAGCCGAGUAUACAAGCGACUCGUACACUGUGACAUUUGGCGAGUGGAUGUCGUUUUGCUCACAAUAA